CUCAAUAAAAAAAAAUAUCUGAGAAAACGCGAAGCAAGAACAGAGCAAAAUCCUCAGAAACGCCGCCGGAGAAUCUUUACGCUUUGAAAGAUUCAGUUUUGGGAAUCGCUAAUUCCGAUGGAAGGGGUUAUCACAUGUUUACAUACCAAAUGCGUCUCUCUUCCAAUUCGUUCUUUCCCACUUUCUAGGGUUUCUUCACUUUCUCGGUGGAGAGACACUAAUUUAGUCUCUUCAGCGCGAUCGGUUCAUCAUAGGACCUUGUGCGUUUCGUCUUCUGGCUCAGAUACUUUAGUCGCGGGCGGUUCACCAAAGGAAGACGAGAGGCAGAUCAAAGUAUCGAGCAGGAAGGAUGGAGAUGACUCCGAGGAUUUGAAGUUUUGGAUGGAUAAGAAUGGUUUGCCACCUUGCAAGGUUUUUCUCAAGGAGAGACCGGCUCAUGAUCAGAAGCAUAAACCCAUACAUUAUGUUGCUGCUAGUGAGGAUCUUCAGAAAGGCGAUGUGGCGUUUUCAGUUCCGAACUCUUUGGUGGUCACACUGGAAAGAGUGUUGGGAAACGAGACUAUUGCCGAACUGUUGACGACGAACAAAUUGUCUGAACUGGCUUGCCUAGCUUUGUAUCUGAUGUAUGAGAAGAAACAAGGGAAGAAAUCAGUAUGGUAUCCAUAUAUAAGAGAACUCGAUCGUCAAAGAGGGCGAGGUCAGCUAGACGUGGAAUCCCCGUUGCUGUGGUCAGAGGCUGAGUUAGAAUACUUAACGGGCAGCCCGACGAAGGCUGAAGUUCUCGAGAGGGCCGAGGGGAUCAGAAGAGAAUACAAGGAGCUUGACACUGUCUGGUUUAUGGCUGGAUCUUUGUUUCAGCAAUACCCAUAUGACAUACCAACUGAAGCUUUUACAUUUGAGAUUUUCAAACAGGCAUUUGUUGCCAUUCAGUCCUGUGUGGUGCAUUUACAAAAUGUCAGUUUGGCUCGUCGGUUUGCUUUGGUUCCUCUUGGUCCUCCCUUGUUGGCCUACUGUUCCAACUGCAAGGCAAUGCUUACCGCUGUUGAUGGUGCUGUUGAACUCGUGGUAGAUAGGCCAUAUAAGGCUGGGGAUCCUAUAGUUGCCUGGUGUGGGCCACAACCUAAUGCAAAAUUGCUUCUGAACUAUGGAUUUGUUGAUGAAGAUAACCCUUACGAUAGAAUAACAGUUGAGGCAGCGCUGAGCACCCAGGAUCCUCAAUAUCAGGACAAGAGAAUGGUUGCCCAAAGGAACGGAAAAUUAUCCCAACAAGUUUUUCAGGUUCGUGUGGGAAAAGAAAGAGAAGCUGUUCAAGACAUGCUUCCUUACCUGCGAUUGGGUUACAUGUCUGAUCCCGAUGAAAUGCAAUCAGUUAUUUCGUCCCAAGGUCCAGUUUGUCCAAUGAGCCCUUGCAUGGAAAGAGCAGUACUAGAUCAGCUUGCUGAUUACUUCAUGAGACGCUUGUCUGGCUACCCUACUACCCUCAAAGAAGAUGAUGCAUUGCUGGAGGAUCCUAGUUUGAAUCCUAGGAAGCGAGUUGCCACACGGCUUGUCCGAUUGGAGAAGAAAAUGCUAGCUGCAUGCCUUGUGGCAACCGUCGACUUGUUAAAUGAUUUGCCCGAUACAACCAUCUCUCCAUGCCCAGCACCAUAUGCUCCGUCAUUGAAAUAAAAAGGUUGAUGUUGUAGCUGCAAUUUGUUGGACAUGGCGAGAGUACUUUUUGGUCCUGUCCUUGAUCAUUACUAUCUGAGGUUGGUUUUAUGAGGUCGGUUAUGUGUGUACACAUCCAGUUUUUAUCCUAGCCCAUCCUGCUCGAAAACAUGAAUAUGAGGUUACACAAUUAGUUUCUGAUCCUUAUUCGCUUAAGAGGAUGAAAUACAACUUCUUUUAAGUGUAGUGGAAAUAAAUUUGUGCGUCUGUACCCGCGUUCAAUGAUGUUGUUUGCUGAUUUCUUUUAUUGCAAUGCAUUGCAAUUUCAGGUUUGUUACUUGGAGCGUAUCUCUUGCUUGACAGGCAAAUGUAUGAUUGGUAGCGUUAUUGAAAUCCUGCUAAUGUAAUUACAGACAUGAAUGACGUUGUUAAUGCUUUUUUUGUUGGUUAUCAAAUGUUUCUGUCUGUGUUUUU